AUGCCUGUGGUGAAAUUACAAAGGAUAGAAGAGCAAGGAGUCAAUGUUCCAUUCCCCUUGAACAGCUCAGAGUGUGAAUACAGCUCUGCUUCACCACAGACUGCUGGCUGCUCAGCUCAAGCUCACAACACGCAGUCCAACUCACAUGGCCUCUUCAUUAUCACCCAUGAGCUUGAGUCCUUGGGAACAAUUGUGCAGAGCAGGUUAAUUGCCGCAGUGCUGGGCAGAGAGUGGGUGCAGGUCAAAUGGCUGUCACCUGUGGGUGUGAUUCUCACCAGCCUGGACUUCUGCCUUUGGUGGGCAUUGAUGCUGUACAAUUUUUGCUCCUAUUUCAACCCUAACUAUCAAAUGACUGCAGUGGCCACUCCUUUCCUCCCAUUGCUGGCCUUCACUGUCUCGCAGUUGGCCUCACUGUCCCAGCACUUGCGGUAAAUGCUACCCCACAGUGCUGGCCACUGCACCUCCAGCAUGAGAGCUCAGUCCCCUGCCCUGAUGUCUCACACCAUCUUCCUCAACUUCUUCCCCUCUUGCUUCCUGACCCUCCUCAUCUCUGUUAUAAGCAUCCCAUUUGAUGAGAAGUCCUGGUUCUGUGCCUGGGAAGCUGUCGUCUGUGCUAGAGUCUAUAGUUCCACUUCACUAAUGUUGAGUGGCCCUACAUUGAUUAAGGCUUUAAAGGUAAGGUGCUGGGCCUAGAGGCUGACUGAGCACAGGGGCAAGACCCCUGGGCACCUGGGAGUUUGCAGUGACACAACUAAUACCAGUAAGCAGCAGUACUCUGCACAGUACCCUGUGUGAUAGUUUGCCAAGUUUGUAUUUCCAAAAAAACAUUGAUUUCAAAUAUCAAAUUAAAAAAAUAUUAAUUUCACCUAUCUUUUCUAUUGUUUUCCUGAUCUCUGUUUCAUUUCUUUCCACUCUGAUAUUACUUAUUU